GACGGUGCGCGGGUCGAGCGGCGCGGCGCUUGCGCGGAGUGCGUGCCCCGGAAGCGCUGCGGCGGUGCCUGCCUGCCUGCCGUGCGCUGCGGCCCUCUCCUUCUGAGCCCCUCGGCAGCGCUUGCCGCCCCUCCCUGCACCCGCCAUGUCCCGAGGUUCCAGCGCCGGCUUUGACCGCCACAUCACCAUCUUCUCGCCCGAGGGCCGCCUCUACCAAGUCGAAUAUGCUUUUAAGGCCAUAAACCAAGGUGGACUUACAUCUGUAGCUGUUCGUGGAAAAGAUUCUGCAGUGGUUGUAACACAGAAGAAAGUACCUGACAAGUUACUGGAUUCCAACACAGUGACUCAUUUAUUCAGAAUUACUGAAAAUAUUGGCUGUGUGAUGACAGGAAUGACAGCUGACAGCAGAUCGCAGGUGCAGAGAGCCCGCUAUGAGGCUGCUAACUGGAAGUACAAGUAUGGCUAUGACAUCCCUGUGGAUAUGCUGUGUAAAAGGAUUGCAGAUAUUUCUCAGGUCUACACACAAAACGCAGAAAUGAGGCCUCUUGGUUGCUGUAUGAUUUUGAUUGGUAUUGAUGAAGAACAUGGCCCUCAGGUGUACAAGUGUGAUCCAGCAGGUUACUAUUGUGGAUUCAAGGCCACAGCUGCAGGAGUUAAACAGACAGAGUCGACCAGUUUCCUUGAAAAGAAAGUGAAGAAGAAAUUUGAUUGGACAUAUGAACAGACAGUAGAGACAGCAAUAACGUGCCUGUCUACUGUACUAUCUAUUGAUUUCAAACCUUCAGAAAUAGAAGUUGGUGUAGUUACAGUGGAAAAUCCUAAAUUCAGGAUCCUUACAGAAGCAGAGAUUGACAUGCACCUCGUAGCUCUGGCAGAGAGAGACUAAUGAAUUAGCAUUCCCAUUUCCAUUGUCUGUGCUUCUGGCCAGGAUAUUUGGUGCGAAGAAAACACUUAAUAAUGGCUUUAGAUUGUGGGGGGAAAACAGUGUUCACUCUAUGAUGCGUUUUACUCUGUACAAAUAAAACAGAGGUUUUUGAAAUA